AUGCCACGCAACCACCUCAUCAUCGUCUGCUGUCACGGAGUUUGGCUCGGUGGUCCAACACAUGGCCAAGACGAAAAUGAAUGGCUAAUCGCCGACUUCCAACGCGGUGAAACCCCGACUUUUGUUCAGCAUAUCAAAGCCGGUGUACAAGCUCUCGCUCAAGACCGCCCUAACUCUGUUCUCGUUUUUACAGGUGGUCCAACACGCAAAGAAUCGAGGACAUCUGAAGCCGCUAGCUACAAGAAUAUCGCAGCUGAAAACAAUUACUGGGGGCUGCUAGAGAACAAAGAUGUUAGUGAUGCAGUAUUGUUAGAAGAGCGUGCACUUGAUUCAUACCACAAUGUUCUCUUCUCUCUGACUCUCUUCCAUGCGCGGUUUCAAGCGUGGCCGACCCACGUUACCGUUGUAAGCCAUGGUUUCAAGAAGGAAAGACUUGUCGACGGACACUGCGCAGCUAUAGGUGUUCCUCUCAACAGAGUCUCAUUCAUUGGCAUAGAUCCGCCUGGCAUGGCAGCUGUGUCGAAAGACCAAGAUAAGGAGGAGGCGAUGAAGGGUGCUAGUCUGGCGUUGGGUGAGUGGAAUGAGGAUCCCCAUGGGCGAGGGAAGAGUCUUGCUGGGAAGAGAGCCAAGAGAAAUCCUUGGGGAAUACAUCAGGGGGUGUUUUUCAGUAAGGGAUGUGAUAAUGGUGGUUUGGUCAUUAAGACGGAGAAUGGAAGCGAAGUCAUUGACGAAAAGGCAGCGCGGCCUUGGUGA